UAUGGGCAGAGGUGAUUUCAAUAGUAGAGGUGGAGGAAGAGGUGCCCCUAGAGGUGGCAGUUUUGGUAGAGGAGGUGGAAGAGGAGGAAGACCUCAAUUUACAUAAGGGCCACCAGCAAAAGUUGAACCAUUCGCUACUUUCUCUCAUGUUUGUGGAAAUCAAAUUAUUGUUAAGGCUUUAGGAAAAUAAUUAGUAUUGAAGAUGAUCAUUAUUAGGUUCCAAGAUUCUUUAGAAGUGUGUAUUUUGAAAAUAAGCAACCAAUAGGUAAAGUUGAUGAAAUUUUUGGUCCAAUUGAAAAUUACUUAUUCUCAGUAACAUUAGAAGAAGGAAUUGCUCCAAAAUCAGUAUUCAAAACAUUUAAUCAAAGUUCAAAUAAGAUUAAUUGAUAUAUAUGGAUGCCUAUGAUUGCAUGCCUAUGGAUAGAUUUUUACCAAAACCAAAAGGUACACCAGGAAUAAGUAGAGGAGGAUCAAGAGGUGGUGGUAGAGGAGGACCAAGAGGAGGAUUCAGUAGAGGAGGAAGAGGAGGACCUCCUAGAGGUGGAAGAGGAGCACCAAGAGGAGGUGGUUUUAGUAGAGGUGGUGGAUAAUAAAGAGGAGGUUAUGGAAGAGGAGGAUUUAAAAGAUGAU